AUGACACACUCUUCUCUUUUCUCACCUAAUAACCAUGUCCGACAUUCUCAUUACCUUCAACCUGAGUCUCUCACUUCAGCACCACCUUCAAGCUUUGGAAGAAAGGGUGGCUUUUUGAAGAAGAUCCCGUCUGUCUUGUUCAACAAGGAGAAGACUCCCAUCAAAGAAAAGUCAAGUAAAGGGAAACUUCACAUAUUCGCAGAUUCACCUCCAAAAUACAUUGAGAAAUAUUCUACCCAAGAUACCCAACCUACAAUUACAGUUGGCCACAAUCAAGAUAAAAAGACCAAGAAACCUAGAAAAGCGCUUGCAGACUUGUUUGGUUGGGGAAAUCAUCAUCAUACUAUAGCCCAAGCUCCAUCACCUGUAUCCCAACCCAUGAAAUCUGCUCCUGCCAAGCCUAUGGAAUCCGUCCAUCCCCCAUCAGUACCACCAAAAGAUUAUCCAACGAUGCUGAAAAAACUCAACAGACCACCUUCUACUAAGUCAAACAACUCACAAUUUAGUUCUCUCCGCCCUCCGAUGCAACCUCCAUUAGCAGCUAGGUCCUCUAUAGGUGAUGAUCCUUUCGUGAGGAAUGGCCGAGGUGCGGAAGUUGUGGAUCACUUCUUAAGACAUACGGCUGAGACUCCAUCAGCUAAAAGCAUCGCUCUUGAUAGACGAGCAAGCGUGUCUUCUAGUAAAGCUCUUUCUUGCAAGACUUCAUCGAGCGAUAUAUACAGCACAAAGGGCAUUGUGGAUGGGAAUCCAUCAAUAUCGCAAUCCCCAAGCUCUAUUGAAAAACGUCCGGUCCCGGCCCCUUUGAGUCAGACAUCUCUCACAAAUCUCCCUCCUCGAUCGGCCUCUCUUGGGAAGCUCUUGGGAAGCUCCGUUGCAGCUCCUUUAUCUCAGCUUCCAGAAUCACCGAUUGAAUCUGAGGAGCCUAUCAAAAUUCUCAAAAAAGAAAAGACCAAAUCUAGAGUCUGGGGCCUAUUGGGUGGAAACAAGUCUAAGAAAGAUAAGGUAAAAACCGAUACUCAAUUACCUGCUCUACUAGAGAAGGAUCCCUGGGCUGCUCCUGCAGAUCAUCCCGCUACUUGGUCAUUGUCCACUCAAAUUGAUAACAAAUAUGCUGCAGCAACUGUCAAGUCCAAUGUCAGUUCUAUGCAAUCAAUCAAGCGACCCCCUUUGCUCCACAUCUCAGCACCUUCUAUGGAUUGCCCUUCUCAGCUAUCACCGCCUACCUCCUCUACUGCAUAUGUUUCUCAUUCUGCUACGAGAUCUACCUUUGAGGAUCAUGAGGAUGCGCCCCAAAGUACUCCUUCCAAACAUCCGUUGAAUUCCGGAGGAGGGGGUGUAUGGGAAAGCGUGAUUGGAACUAGUAUGACUAGCGCGUCCCAUGAAGACCCCUGUCAUGCCAUUGAAGCCUUAAUGGGUCCUUCUAGACUUCCCAAACGAAAGAGCCUGACUGGUCUUUUCGGUCUCCCCAUCAGGAGAAGUAUCGAAAGGAUCAAGCCUUCUUCUGCGCCUCGAGCACCUUCAGCCUCUUUCCACCGAGUCAGCGCGUCUCCGCCCCGUGUCACGGUGGAACCUACACUUCGAUCACUAGCAGAAGAGAUAGAAGAAGCGUCGAAUCCCUUCAGUAUGGCUGUUGUGCCGUCAAGUAGCUUUACAAGCCGAUUUGGUCUCCAUUCGAAAUCAGUGGAGAGGAGGGCAGAAAUUCUACCUCGAGAUCCCACCGAUAAGCUUCUCAAUCUCGUCUCAUGUCUCGACUUUUCCCCCGGUUCAAGCGCUAGUCCUACUCUCCAUCACAAGGGAUCCUACAACUCUAUUCAUCAAGGACUCAAUGGUAGUCCUACACCCGUACGACGCUUACGAUCCGCUAUGCUUUCAACACAAAGCAGCGGAAGUUCCCUCAGGCCUCCAGCAGGUAAUGUCAGCCCUCUCAAAGUUGCCCUCUGUCGAGCUCAAGCAGCUAUUAAUCAUAAAGCAGAUGUUCCCGUCUCUCCACCUAGAGACAGUAUGGUUCGAAAAGGUAUGCGUAACAUCUUUGCGCCUGCUUCACCUGCUCCUCCCAUACAUGGUAAACCUACCAGACAGGUCAGCAAGCCCCCUGCGGCAAAAGACCUGGAUGAAGGGGUAGGCAUGGGUCACACUAUGGGUCCAAAUUUCGUCCAAGAUCGAGCUCAGUCCAUCGAGGGAAGCGUCGCUUCUGAUAUUCCUGCGGACCUCAAGGCUUUGAUCAACAUCACUGGUGAUGAUGUCCCCUCGUCCUUCACCCUUGGUCUUCCUGUGCCACCACCCCAAAACCGAACUGCCCCUCGUCGACCUGGGCCUGCUCCUCCCGCGUUAUCACUGCCUCCGGUACCCGAUAUGCCGCUUUCUGGUCGAGAUCUGCCUGCUAACCUGGCGCAGAGCUUCCUGUCCAACGAGAUAUCAGACUCAGUACCGGACGAUAUGCUCUCAUGUGGUAACAGUGACAACCGGAACUCAUUCGACUUUACGAGCGAAUACGCCUCUCUUGAACUAGGCACUCGAAGAGCAUCGUUUGUCGAAGCUUUGUCAAAGGUCAGCAGCGUACAAAUUGUUUUUCCUUCAUCAUCGCCUCCGGUCUCUGUACCACGUGAAAUGGUCUUUCAUGGCGAGACGGAUAUGGUUCCUUCCUUACAUGUCUCCAAGCCAUCAGACAGUACGUCGGUGCACGGGGAUUCUGAUGAUGAGGAUGAUGAAGAAGACGACCAUGAUGAUGAAACCUUUGAUGUGGAGAUUGGUCAUGUAGUUGGUUUCGCCAAAACUUCUCCUGUUCGAAGAGAACCUUUCAGAGGUCAAUUUGCUUUUCAACAACACGUGGCUGCUAUGCCUCAUCAAGAUGAUCAUCCUUCCCUUGGCGUUCCAGAACCCGCCCUUGCUGUUCCUGAUUUCCCUCCUCCUGCUCGUCGAGGUCAUCAUAAUCGUGGAGAAUCGGGACUCAGUAUCGCUACCAUGUCCAGUAUCGGAUCUGUCAUUGGUGCUGGGAAGGAGAGAGAGUAUACCAACUACUUUGACGUCAACUUCACCAAUCAUCAAACAAGCAUCGAGUCUCAACAAGGCUCUGAUGAGCAUGAUCCUUGCAGGGUGACAUCGCAUAGCUCUGUAUCGAGCACGAACGCGAGCCCAGUUGAAUACUCUAAUGUCAGGUCUACAACCCGGAGAGGACACCAUCAGCGAAACUCUUCCAUAGUAUCCAUUGAUUCUCUCAGCGAGAUUCUUGGACAUACACAUUCUGUUGGUCCUCCAGUCAGCCUUCGCAACGGCCGCCGGACCUCUUACGGAUACAUCAGUCGACAUCGUCGUAAUGGUUCUAGUGAUAGUACCUUUGGCCGACCCGACUGGGCUGCCCAUCGACGCAAUUCUUCAUCUGCUUCGACAAACUCCAAUAGAUCUGUCUCUCAAAUUGUACGACCGGGCCUCGGUGACAGGAUGUUCCAGCUUGACGGCGGUGUUCAGCUCACAUCGAUCACCGGCUCUCCGCCUGAUGGGCCUUUGGGAACAAGGCAAACAUCUCAUCGUCGUCAAACCUCUUGGGAUAGCUUGUUCGACGGUACUCGCAGUAGAAUUGAGGAUUCCCUUUUCGAUGAUGCUCAACAAUCUCGAGAUUCCAUGUUCGACUCCGAUACUUCCUUCAAUCGGUCAUCGACUGAGGCAGAAUCGCUCUUUGGACCUGAUCAGUCCUCCCCCAGAAAAGAUUUCUUCCUCAAAGGGCUUCGACCAGUUUCCACCAUUAGCACCAAUACCAGUGAAUCCCACCGGGAUGACACCUUCCAACACGUGCAAAAAUAUAUGCAGAACGUUAUUACCACUCCGGUCAAAGCUAUGGUCAAGGAAAUCGAAGCUUUCUUGCAGGGCGAUGGUGAGGACAUGUCUAAGAUGACUCCUCUCGGAAAAGGCAAGGAAGAACAUAUCAUUGGACGACAAAUGCUUGGUUGUCCCAUGUCUCGACCUCAAAAGCCAGGACGAAGGAGACCAGCUCAGUUGAUCAUCACCGAGCCUCCACUCGAUACACCCGGUCUUACGUCACCUUCUGCCUCCGAAACUUCCAGUCGAAUCUCGCUUGAUACGGAUGCUGCUUCCAUCUCCCUUGGUCGCAGGAUCAGACCUAGUGGCGCUGGACACUAUCGACAAAAGUCAUCUGCUGGGGUCAAGGUCGACGCUACAAUUCACGAAAUGCCAUCUGCGGCCACUCUUCGGGGAAGCAAAACACCCUCAAGUCCACAAGCUAACCGUAUCGCUUCGAGGGAGCCAACCAUCGUGGGUAUUGAUAAUCUGGGUGAAGGAGUAGACUUUGAUCGUAUGCGAUCAGUCAGAAAUUGGGUCGAGUGGGAAAGAGAGGCCGUUGACGAGUUUAGAAAGACCAAGCACUGUUGGAGAGAUAGUGAAGAAUCCAAACAUGCCGUCGAAGAUUGGAAGAUGCCUACCACCACCAAGGAGAUUGCCGCUUUCCUUGCUCAAUCAUCACAAGCUUACAAACCUCUGGAUCAGUUGCCGAUUGGUAAGAUUGCUCAUCGACGCAAAUCUUCACUCAGCGAAUCGAGGUUUUUACGUUCUCCUUACGGAUUACCAUUACCCAAACCCGAGAAUCCUAUCAAAAAGCCUAAAAUGUCAUUAACGACUAAAUAUGAAAAAAAGAAUUCGACCUCGUCGACAAUUUCAUCGUCCUCAGCAUUCGCAUUCGCCUUCCCACUCCAUGAUGACGUUCCCGAAGCACCAUCCGCACCUCCUCUUUCAGCUGCUUUCGCUCAAUUUUCAGGAAGUACUCCACCUCCUUUGGCAACCUUCAGACCUACUACUGUUAUCUCUGAGGUCUCAGAUAUCUUCGGUGUCAGAAAACAUCUCGAAGUUCUGGAUGUCACGGAGCAGACUGAAGGUGACAAGAAGAGGAAUCGAGUGACUUCAUCAGCUCGAAGAGAAGCUUUAGGCUGGGGUAGAAGAAGGAAUUCAGACGGUCCUGAGAAGACUAUUGGCCUAGGUUACAGAUCAAGGGAAAGGGAUAAUAUACCUCCUAUGCCUAAUACAGCAAUCCCAUCUGAGGUACAUUCAAAGACCUCUCAACAGAAUAAAGGAAAAUUCAACAAGAAUAAGAGCAAAGAGAAGAAAUUGAAUAUCUUCUCCGAUAAGAAUGAUAUCGCUCGUCCUGCUUUGAUGCCUUUCAAAGGACAAGAGAAUUUGAAUUCUCAACCGUCAAAAUCCAAAACGAAAUCUCCGAUGAAAAAGAGAGGCUUGAGACAGGCUGUUAGUCAACCUCGUACGUUGAGGGUAUAG